ACCACCCUCCACUUUUCGGUAGCAAUUACCCGAAUUUCCGGUUGCCGGUAACAAUAAUAACUACCCACCCCAACCUCAAGCCCUUUUAACUCUUAACGUGUAUCGCAAGCCUUUACUCACAAGCUCUUAUUCACUUGACUGCAUGGCUUUCUCUCCGUUACCUCCCAGUGAAACUCCCGCCACUACUCACUCUUAUUCUUCGUGCAUCUCAAUUCUCCACCACCGCCUCUAUAUAUACUCAUACACACACAUGUUUGUUUCAUUUCCUCCUCCUCACUUUCUCCAACUCUCUUCGUUUCUUCUUCGCGCUUUUGCCUCGGAGAUUGUGCUUCGGAGUUUGUGCGUCACUGAGCGACGCCUCUACGAUCGGCGAUUCGAGUUGUUCAUCAAAGGUUCCAAAUGUCUGAUAAUAAGUACACAGCCAGCUCAUCUGUCCCUUCAGACCGGACAGAGAAGCUCUUACGAGACACAGAGUCAAGUCAGGGCAGUAAGGCCUCAUCAAGUGAGGCCAGUGAUACUAAAAGUGCGUCUGAGAUCUCUGAGCUGAAACUGCCAUCUAUGAAGAGGCUUGGCCCAGGCAUUUCACUUGCUGAAAAAUAUCCGGAAGGGGCUUCCUCUUCAAAAAAGCUCAAGGAAGGCAUGGCUCCGAGACCACGUCUGUUGGUGGUGGCUAACAGGUUACCAUUCUCUGCAGUUGGGAUAAGCAAUAAUUCCUGGUCUUUAGAAAUAAGUUCUGGUGGGCCAGUGACUUCUCUUCUGGGCUUGAAGGAAUUUGAGGCAGUAUAUUUCGGGUGGGCUGGGAUGCAUGUUACAGAUGAGGCUGGGCAGAAGGAGCUGACAGAAGCACUGAUUGAGAAGAGGUGUAUACCUGUAUUCAUUGAUGAAGAGAUUUUCCAUCAGUACUACAAUGGAUAUUGCAACAACACAUUGCGGCCUCUUUUUCAUUAUCUUGGAAUUCCGCAAGGAGAUGGCCCUGCAAAAACCAAAUCUUAUCAGUCUCAGUUUGAUGCAUACAAAGAAGCAAACCGAAUAUUUUCCAAUGCUGUAAUCAAACACUACAAGGAAGGUGAUGUUGUUUGGUGUCAUGACUACCAUCUUAUGUUCCUCCCCAAAUACCUAAAGGAACACAACAGCCAAAUAAAAGUUGGCUGGUUUCUUCACACACCAUUUCCAUCUUCUGAAGCUCACAGGUCCCUUCCAUCUAGAUCAGAACUGCUGAAUGCACUUCUCUCAGCUGAUUUAGUUGGUUUCCAUACUUUUGAUUAUGCGAGACACUUUGUUGGUACAUGUAUUCGUAUUCUUGGAGUGGAAGGUUCACCAGAAGGAAUAGAGUACCAAGGAAGGUUCAUUCGUGUGGCUGUGUUUCCAAUUGGGAUAUAUUCAGAUCGAUUCUUUGAAGCUCUCGAGACUCCUGAAGUCCGAGAGUGUAUUAAGGAAUUCACAGAUAAAUUUUCUGGGCGCAAGGUGAUAUUAGGUGUUGAUCGCCUUGAUAUGGUUAAAGGAAUUCCUGAAAAGAUACUGGCAUUUGAAAAGUUUCUUGAAGACAACAAAGAUCAGCGUAAAGAAGUCAUAUUGCUGCAGAUAGCAGUAAAAAGACCAGAAUUUUCUGAAGAUCAGAAACUUGCAAGCCGGGUCCACAUGCUUGUUGGGCGCAUCAAUGGUAAAUUUGGAACAUUGACUAAUGUUCCACUAAUUCAUCUGGAUCAACCUCUCAAGUUUCAUACAUUAUGUGCACUAUACGCAGUUGCUGAUGUUGCUCUUGUCACACCUUUGCGGGAUGGCAUGAAUCUUGUUAGCUAUGAGUAUGUGGCUUGCCAAAAAUCAAAGAAUGGAGUCCUCGUUCUAAGUGAAUUUGCAGGUGCUGCACAGUCUCUGGGUGCUGGAGCUAUCCUUGUAAAUCCCUGGAACAUUGAAGAGCUAGCUUCUUCAAUUGGCCGAGCUUUGAAUAUGGAAGACGAUGAAAGAAAGAAAAGACAUCAAUAUAACUUUCAACACGUCAUAACCCAUACUUCUCAAGAGUGGGCUGAAGCAUUUGUAAGGGAAUUGGAUGAUGCUGUGAUUGGAGCUCAGCAAAGGAUAAAAGGAGUUCCAACUGCACUCCCAGUAACAGAUGCCAUAGAACACUACUUGCAGUCAAAUAAUAGAUUACUCGUACUGGGAUUCAAUGCUGUCUUAACUGAACCGGUGGAUAGUUUGAAUAGACGAGGAGAAGAUCCAAUCGGUGGACUGGAACUUAGGUUGAAUCCAGACUUGAAAAACACCCUUAUGGAACUGUGCUCUGACCCAAAGACUACUAUUGUUGUCCUCAGUGGUAGCAACAAAUUGGUUUUAGAUGGUAACUUCUGUCAGUACAAAAUGUGGUUGGCGGCAGAGAAUGGGAUUUUUUUGCGAUCUGCGACGGGAGAAUGGAUGACAUCUAUACCAGAGCACUUAAAUAUGGAUUGGAUUGACUGCAUUAAGCCUGUCUUUGAGUAUUUUGCCAAACGAACUCCACGAUCAUAUUUUGAAUUCAGAAAUACUUCACUUGUAUGGAACUACAAGUAUGCAGAUGCUAAGUUUGGUAGAGUUCAAGCUAUAGACCUGCUACAACAUCUUUGCACUGGCCUUUCAAAUGCAUUUGUUGAUGUCAUUCAAGGCAGUAGUUCAGUUGAGGUCAGAGCUCUCGGUGUCACAAAGGGUACAGGUAUUCGCCACAUACUUGGAGAACUUGCAGGCAAUUCAGAUCCAACACAGAUUGAUUAUGUCUUAUGCAUAGGUCACUUUUUGGGGAAGGAUGAGGAUCUGUAUACUUACUUUGAGCAAGAGCAUCCAGUUGAAACUCCUAGAACUACUGGCAACAGAAUGUCUGAGCCCAGACUGCAGAAUAGUGGAAGUGUCUCAGGGAAGAAGACAGCAUGUAAUGUGCUUGAUCUGAAGAAGGAGAAUUACUUCCCUUGUACUGUAGAUCGGACUCGUUCCAGUGCUCGCUACUUUCUUGAAUCAUCAUCUGAUGUUGUUUCUCUUCUGAAAGCAUUGGCUGCAGCAUCUUCCUUGAGCUGAGAGUUACGCCAUGUUGUGGUUUCUGUUUGUCUACCUUUCCUUUUUUCGAUGUACUUGAAGUCGAAGGAAUAACUGAGAUAGAUAAGGGCAUUUACAUAGUUUACUGGUUCCAGGUAUGCCUUACCCAUAAAAGUUAGCCAGCCGGCUUAAUUAGCCCAAGGAAUGCACUGAACUCCUUGAUCAGUUUUGAGUUAAAAUACUCAUGUAGAGUUUUGACUCUAUUCUUGAAAUUCUAGAAAUAUUACUAGAGCCCUCUUAGUCUUAAAAUCUGAUGUUAAUACGAGAAGCUUUUGGUUUA